AGAGAAGGCCAUGCCUGCGACUGUGAGAGAGGAAGGGGUCGACAUGGCAGAAUCAAGAACGGUUCCCUUGAGGCAGCACUUUGUUCUGGUACAUGGCAUAGGAGGAGGAAGUUGGUGCUGGUACAAAAUUCGGUGCCUUAUGGAGAAUUCUGGCUACAAGGUCUCAUGCAUAGACCUCAAAAGCGCUGGAAUUGAUCGAUCUGAUGCCGAUUCUAUUAUUUCCUUCGACGAUUACAAUCAACCUCUCAUGGAUUUCAUGUCUGCUUUGCCUGAGAACGAACAGGUGAUAUUGGUAGCACAUAGCGCAGGAGGGUUGAGUAUUACUCAGGCCUGUCACAAGUUUUCAAAGAAGAUCCGAUUAGCAGUGUAUUUAGCCGCAACUAUGCUCAAGCUGGGAUACCAGACAGAAGAGGAUAUGAAAGAUGGGGUACCUGACAUAUCUGAGUUUGGGGAUGUGUACGAGCUAGGAUUUGGACUGGGAAAGGAUAAGCCCCCGACAAGUGCUGUGGUGAAGAAAGAGUUUCAACGCAAAAUCAUAUACCAUUUGAGCCCCCAUGAGGAUUCAACCUUAGCUGCGAUGCUUUUGAAGCCCGGGCCGCUUCUAGCUCUGACCAGCGCGCGAUUUGACGAUGAAGGGGAAGUGGAGAAGGUGAGGCGCGUGUACAUAAGGACGAAGCACGAUAAGGUGGUGAAGGGAGAGCAACAAGAGGCGAUGAUAAAGAAGUGGCCACCAUGUGCAGUGUAUGAACUGGACAGCGACCAUAGCCCGUUUUUCUCCACGCCAUUCGUCCUCUUUGGCUUGCUCGUGAAAGCUGCAGCUUUUGACGUUGGAUGCAACUUCCUAAGCCAAAGCUGAGGGACCCCUCCUUCCCUUUUCCUUCGCUGAUUCCAUCUUCAAGCAAACCGUAAGUUCGUCUCUGCUCUCCAGUUUCUGAUAGUGGCCGAGGCGAGAAUGUUAUGGGAACACCACUUUUUAACCGUGGCAUAAUUGUUUUAAUAAAUUUAUUAUUAGUAUAAGGGUUAAUAUAAUUUUCCA